AUGUCAAGCUACGGCAGCAUGUCGCCUUCUGACGAGGGCUUUGAUAGAUACGAACCGCCCUUCUACUGUCAGCCGCCACAUCAUGGUUAUCCAAUGGACGGCGGGGUGUACUGGCCGAGCUCGAGUGGAGAUGGUCACGAGUUCGAUACGCAGGACAUUUAUCACGACACGAACAACUAUAUCGGCAGAAGUUACGGUUACGAUGACCUUCAAAUAGUUGGCAACGAACCAUACGACACCUAUCACCACAACGUAAUGCACCACAACUAUCCACAAAAUAACCCAGGAUUGGACUGUGAGAUGCAAACUCUACCCCUACGCUACGAACGACCGUCUCCCUCUUCUUUCGUAAGAGUUGUGAAGAGAAGAACAACGGCGAACAAGAAAGAGAGGAGACGCACGCAGAGUAUCAACACGGCUUUCACGGAUCUGCGGGAGUGCAUACCCAACGUACCACCCGAUACUAAACUCUCUAAGAUAAAAACCCUCCGACUGGCGACAUCUUACAUCUCAUACCUACUGAAGGUUCUAGAGACAGAUGGCGAGCCCGCCGGCGGGUUCAGAGCUGAGCUCCAUCACACACCGCCGAGGCGACGAACAACCGACCCUAAUGUACAGAACAGCGCAGCAGUAGAGAAGAAGGCUAAAGGAAGAACGGGUUGGCCACAGCACGUCUGGGCCUUGGAGCUGAAGAGCGAGCAAAAUCUUCAGACCUAA